CGUGCCCGCGGCCGAGGCGGGAUGGCCAUGGCCCAGGCCGGAGCCGCAGUCGCCGCCGCCGCCGGACUCCUGCUCUUUUUGCUGUACUCCGCCAUCCACAAGGUCGAGGAGGGGCACCUGGCCGUGUACUACAGGGGUGGUGCUUUGUUAACAAGUCUGAGUGGACCAGGCUACCACAUCAUGCUCCCGUUCAUUACCACAUUCAAAUCCGUGCAGACCACGUUGCAGACUGAUGAAGUCAAAAAUGUGCCUUGUGGAACAAGUGGUGGUGUUAUGAUCUACAUUGACCGAAUAGAGGUUGUGAAUAAAUUGGCACCAUAUGCAGUGUACGAUAUUGUGAGAAACUACACCGCAGACUACGAUAAGACCUUGAUCUUCAACAAAAUUCAUCAUGAGCUGAAUCAGUUCUGCAGUGCCCAUACCCUGCAGGAAGUAUACAUUGAGCUGUUUGAUCAGAUAGAUGAAAAUCUGAAGUUGGCCCUGCAGAAAGAUCUCAAUGUCAUGGCACCAGGUCUCACUAUCCAGGCUGUGCGUGUCACAAAACCCAAAAUCCCAGAAGCCAUCCGAAGAAAUUUUGAACUAAUGGAAGCUGAGAAGACCAAGCUGCUGAUUGCAGCCCAGAAGCAGAAGGUAGUAGAGAAGGAGGCAGAGACAGACCGGAAGAAAGCACUUAUUGAGGCAGAGAAGGCUGCUCAAGUGGCCAGGAUUCAGUAUCAACAAAAGAUUAUGGAGAAGAAAACAGAGAAGCGAAUUUCUGAGAUUGAAGAUGCUGCGUUCCUAGCAAGAGAGAAAGCAAAAGCUGAUGCCGAGUACUACACUGCUCAGAAGCUGGCUGAUUCCAACAAGCUGAAACUUACUCCUGAGUAUCUGGAACUAAUGAAAUAUCAAGCGAUAGCUGCAAACAGCAAGCUGUAUUUUGGCGACCGCAUCCCCAGUGUCUUUCUGGAUUCCUGUGCCUUCCAGCAAGCCAAUCUGAGGACUGCCCAAGAAACUAGCCUUCAUUCACAGGAGACCUCAGAGACCUCUGGAGAAAGCCAGAUCAGAGCAAAGGAAAGCACUGGCUGACAAAGGCAGAACAAUAGCCAGUAUAGCUCAACAGCCAUCCCAGCUGCAAACGGGGAUGUUGCCCUGUGCUGGUGUGGCACUUGCAGCACACGCGUGGACAUGUUGUGUAUAGGUGGCAGUUGGGUCAAUUUUUCUGCUAGCAACGUGUUGCAAGUGCUUUGCCUCUUCGUUCCUUCCCCUGUUAAAUUGGUGCUUCCAAACAAGGGAUAAUCCUGUACUAACAUAUCCAUACUGGAAUAUUAAAGAUGGACACCAGGAAAGCCUUCUGCGGUAGGUCCAAUUAUUUAGCAAGCAUUACUCUGGAGGUAGAAGAUGUGACUUUGAGUGCUGUGUUGCUGCAGACUGGUCAUUCCCCAGCACUCCUCACUGAGGCUGAGUGAAGAGACUUCCUUCAUCCUCUGUCAAUGAAGCUUCCCUUUGUGGGUUUUUGGGGCAGGUUUCUGACAGCGCUGUCUAACUCUCCUCAAGGACUCUGGUGGAGUGAUUUCUCCUUGGCCAGUGGAGGCUGCAUUUUCCUGCUCAGGGGCAAGGCCUGGCCAGGAGUGGUUUGGUGAGGGAAAGGUUGCUUGAAUAGGAUCUGCAUAGCCAUAAUCUUCUUUCCUGUGGGCAGUGGCAGUAUGUAAUGACUUGGAGCAAGCAAUCUCUAACAUGUUUCUGUAAUUCCCCCUCUCCAAGCAAGAGCCUUACGAUGGCUGCCCGUGACUGACAAGUAUGUUUCAGCUGGGUGGCUGGGUCUUACCUUGCAGCCUCAACCAGAUUUCAGAGUGCAUGGAGCACCUCCAUCCAAGCAACAAGUUGGAAGCGGAGCUGGGAAAUGUUUGCUCAGACCCCAGCCACCCUGUAGGUCUUUUCACCGGGAAAGAGGGCUGAAUUUCCACUGCUCUGCCUUGCUGACAAAGCGAAGGGGAAGAGAAGAGUGAAGGGACCUCCUCUACAGCAGAUCAGAUGUUUGACACCUCAGCUGCAAAGUGAUUGAGACAGCGCUGCUCCCCAGUGCAAAAUCCACUGCUCCAAAAAGAAGUGGGACCUGCCUCGUGUGUCCUUGAACAGUUGUCAUGGGGAGUCUGUCGUUGGGUCCUCUUAUCACUGGCCAGGCUUUCGUGCAUCGCAGAGCUUUUGACUCUUGAGUGGUGCUGGCAGGAUGAUCUUUCUUCCGAUGUGCCCUAUAAUAUAUCCCAACUCUGCUCCUUAUGUGCCGCUGCAGGGUGUGAGAAAGUUGUCCUCUGGGCGGAAAUCUGCUGGGACAAUCUGCUUUCCUCUGUCCUCCCCUUUGCCUGCGGGGACGUUGUUUCUAGGACCUGUUUCUUCUGUUCUGCAACAAUCCCCAGAAGACAGUAGCUGGAGAAGCAACUGGGUGUGAUCUUGAGCUGGAACACUAUUCGCCAGCUGGUGGCACCACAGCAUUGCCUGCCUCCGAGCCCACCGUAUGUUCAGAGUCUGCCUCUGCUCCACCAGCUUGGGACAUCUCCUCUGUAAGUUCAUCCUGCUUUCCUAUCCCCACGCGCAGCACUCGGCCCUGGUGCAGUUCAGCAGGGGGGCAGUUGGUGAUGAUAUGCCAGAUGCUGGCAGUUGGCCAGCAGCUGUUUUCUUAUCUUGUGUGGCUUGACUUGGAGAGUGGCAGAGUCUCUCCUCAAGGAAAUUUGACAAUGUACUGUGCCUUACGCUGGUCUCAGCUCCUGCCCUGGCUGCCUCUCCUCCAUCUCUGGGGCAGUGCAGGGAAGCCCUUCCUCCUGCUGCCGCUGGAUAAUGCUUGACUGGGGGACUUUGCAGCAGUUCUAGGAGGUCUUUCUUUCCUCCAUCUGUCUGCAGACUCCCAAGGCCGAGUUGGCUUUCUCCUCCAAGGUACUGUCUCCUCUUAAAAUCCAGCCAUGGCAGGAUUUGGAGAUUGGCACCCUGCCCCAGUGAGAGGCCAGCUAAAGGUGGUGGGCACCAAUCCCAGCUUCCAGGGAGGUAGUGGUUGAGCGUGCUUCCUCGUGCCCCAAGGAUGAGAAGAAGGGUACUGCUAUCACCACUUGUGGGGAGGAACUCAUGUUUUCCUUUGAUGAAGGGUUGGGCAAAUGGUGCCCUGCUGGCCCAGAACUGUCUUUGAAGGACAUUCGUGGGCAGAGGAGCAGGAAGGAGGUCUGUGUGUUGUGUCGGAAGGCAGCUUGGCCAGCAGGGAGGGCAGAGCUGAAGCCUGUGGCUGGUGCAGGAGAACAGUGGGCAGACACAGCAUUAGCCCCAGUAGACCCUGCAGUCACCUCUCUGGGGAAAGAGUACUGGGGCAGAGGGGACAGCAGUGUAUUUUGUAGCUGUUGUGUUGGAAAUGUCUCCUAGAGGUACUGUUUGACUGGAAAGGUCCUCUUUCUCCUGUGGGAAGGGGAAGUCAUAUCUCUUUGACCCUCCACCUCCUUGAUGUUGCUGGCUUGCAGCAUGCACUUUACAGGAGAAACACAGCCUCUUCUCAGCAGCCACUUUGGUUGAAUUCUGAGACUAAGACAGGCUUUUUAGGGCAGAAGCACUCCUGGAGGGAACAUAGAGCAUUGUCUCUGUGUGGUACUUAACUGGGGUUGGGCAUUACCCAGUGCUGGCGUCAAACCUUGGGGAAUCAAGCAGAGUGGACAGGGUAGGUUCUGCCGGCUUGGAGAUGACAAGAAGUUAGGGUGCAAGGGAGGACCACUAGAAGCAAUAACGAAGCAGCUCCUGGCUCUCCUGCUGUGAUCAGAGCGAGAUGUUCGUGCAGGGAGCAGGAAAGCCUUCUAGGUCAGAGCAAGAAGGGCUGUUUCCUUUUAGAUCUGAGCUUUGCUGGGCCUCCCUGCGUCCAUCCAGGUGUUUGUCACCGAUUAAAUGUCAUCGUGUUCUGGUUCAGUAUGCAUCAGCCAGCUCCUACCCAUGUGGCUUGAAGUCCUGCAGUGUGUGUGUGAUGCGCAGUGCCUUCUGCAAAGGCCACCUCCAUCCCUCUCUGCUUCCCCAGCCACUGUUUCAGAAGCCUGGGUAGAGUGUGCAAGAGGUGGGGAAUCACCGUGGCUUUAACACCCCUGCGCGGGCUUUGCUUCUCUCUGAGCUGGGAGCUGUGGAGCAGGAACAUGAGUGCAACUGGGAAUAUGGGUUUGAACUGGUUUUUCUCUCUGUUCAAAACACCUGUGUCCUCCUGUGAUGAAAGGAUCGGCAUCUUCUUUACGGAAACACGAUACAUCCUUCGAGUUUACAUGCACAGUGUUAAGUUCUUUUGAUAAAGCAGAAUAAAAUUAUUUUGU